AUGCCUACCCUCUACGGCGAGGGUCAUCGUGCGCUGCGACGGCUACAGGAGGAGGUCUUGCGGCGAACACCGGACCAGAGCAUCUUCGCUUGGGGCAGCACCUGGAAGCCUUCCUCAGACUUCCAUGAAGAGCCUGACGACGCUUCCUCUGUACCCCGAGACAAGGCAUAUCAACUGAUAGCAAACUUUCUGAGCAAUGAUUCGUUGAUUACUACUUCGCUCAAACGGUUCCAGGUCGCCCAUACGAUCGGAGCUGUUCCCUAUGACGAAGUCCGCCUUCGCCUCCAACUCUAUGGUUUUCUCCCUACCGAAUGGACCUUUACGUCGUACGGCAUUCGCACGCAGCUACCCGUCCUACGCCUCUCUGCUAUUCUUCAUCCAGAUGAGACAGAGGUCCCCGACGAUCACCCCAUGUCCCAUUGGUACCUCGCCAUCCUUGGCUGUGAACACGGUGAUCAUCCCGGACACCUCCUCGGGAGAGUCUGUCACAUACUACCCUCUAAGUCAGGCGUCGACCUCUUAUAUGCCGGUUGGAUUACACUCGCCCUAGAACGAGACUUGCCCGGCCCUUAUCGGGGCCCUGAUAUGCUCGCGUCGUCGCCGGCUACUAUCGAAGACUGCCAUUCACAGAUAGAGCUCCGGACUGUCUACAUAUCUCAUCCAUCCCGCCCGGCCAGGCGCUCAGAGACAUAUCUGGAUCGUUUCCGGUCCCAUAGCAGUAUCUUCUUGACACUGUCACGGGAGACUCGUGGUGCUCUCCGCGCCCAGCAGUACAACAUUAGUCUCCAACGUCCUGAUCAGGCGCAUCCGACGACGCACCGGCUCACAUUGUCCCGCCAUGACCACACUAUCUCCAUCCAGUACGACCAUACACUCAAACUCGGCGGGGAAGGUUUCACAAUGCGUGCACGUGUGGAGUCUCCAAGCGAAGUGACUUGGUGCAACUUCACGCUAUGGUCCAUAUCGCUCGGUGACAAACAAGUUACUGUGCGCGCAGGGGAGGAGCUCGCUAUCAACCUCGACCUGACGCUCCUCGGGCCAUCGUGGUAUGCGAUCCGGGUUGGGACAGACCGCCACUCUGAUGCGACCCCAACUGUUGAGAGUCGGCAAGGAGAGGCGCCCGGUCCGGUGGGCCCACACGGCAACGGAGUGGAUUUGACCAGUCUGGGUAUCUUCUCUGUGAUGUCCGACUCGGUUCUCGAUGUACGGUUCCUAGGUUUUGGGCUUGAUCUUGCCGAAGAUGGUUUAUUGUUUACUGGUAUGUUCAUAGGACGAGUCUAA